CACAUCGGCAAAGAAAGAGAUCACGCUGCUCCAGGAUAAGAAGAAUGGAUUCGGGUUUGCACGGUCAAACCCCAGACCACCCAAACCGAGGACCAAGGGUGUCACCGAAAUCAGGGGCCCAUACUAUACUGUAUGCCGGCUAUACAGCCGUAUUCCUUAGCAUAUCUGGAGUGCCGUGUGCUGUUAAGGACCCAUAAGGAGCUGAUUAGAAGUACAGGCCAUGGGGAAACGAUACCUAGCAGAUGUGCUGGAGACCAUGGGAACCCAUGUGGACGGCUUGAAGUUUGCAGGAGGGUCAUUCUCUCUUUUCCCAGAAAGGCCUUUGAGGGAGUUAAUUGAUCUUGCUCACGACCACGGAGUCUAUGUCUCCACAGGCGGUUGGGCUGAGCACCUACUCACUCAUCCCGAUGCAAACGCCGUGUUUGAUAAGUACCUUCGCAAGUGCAAGGACCUUGGGUUCGAUGUCAUCGAGCUCUCAUCGGGCUUCUUAUCCAUCCCCGAAGACGACUGGCUCCGCCUCGUUGACAAGGUCCACUCCUACAAGCUGAAAGCGAAGCCCGAGUUAGGGAUUCAGUUCGGUGCCGGGGGCGACACCCCCGCGGCAGGGCUGGAAGCUAUAGGUACGUCUGAUCCGUCGAAGUUGGUGAACCUGGGCCGGAAAUUCCUCGACGCAGGCGUCGAGCGCUUGAUGAUCGAGUCGGAGGGCAUCACCGAGAAUGUGGAAUCGUGGCGGACCGAUGUGGUAUCGAAGAUCAUGAAAGAGCUUCCUUCGGAAGGCGUCAUGUUCGAGGCAGCAGACCCGAAGGUCUUCAACUGGUACAUCCGAGAGUUCGGCAUUGAUGUCAACUUGUUUGUCGACCACAGUCAGAUUGUGCAGUUAUCGUGUUUGCGCCAUGGGAUUUGGGGCACGGCCGACACUUGGGGAAAGAUUGUCUCUUUCCGACCUGAGUAAUGGGUGUAAUGUGAGGUUGGUGGCAUGGCCGACUAGGAUAUAUAGUAGUCAGAUUAAACUAAUGUACGUGAAUCUGGUCGGGAUCAUUGUCAUGUUGCAAAUUGUACUGGGACGUCUCCAUUAGUGGGAGAUUCCCAGCUCGG